CCAGGACAGACCAAAGGACAAACAGACAGAGGUGUAGAAAGAGAAAGUGGCAAACAAGUGAGGAACAAAGAACAAAAACACCUGAGCACCCUCUUGGAAAGACAAGAAUAAAUGGCGAUGUCACCCACUGCUACGGUGGCCCGUCGGGCUCUCGCGGCUGCGUCACAAGGGAGCCACGAAGGAGGAGCAAGGACCUGGAAGAUCCUGUCCUUCGUAUUGGCCCUGCCAGGUGUGGCUGUCUGCAUGGCAAACGUUUACAUGAAGAUGCAGGCCCAUUCCCAUGAUACCCCGGAGUUUGUGCCAUAUCCACACCUCCGCAUUCGAACCAAGGCAUGGCCAUGGGGUGAUGGGAAUCACUCCCUCUUCCACAACUCUCAUACAAACGCUCUGCCCACCGGUUACGAGGAAACUCACCACUGAGUGCGACGGAACUGUCAGUCAGAUGCCAAUCAACGGUCUCAAAUCAGCAGCGACCGACAGACGCGAUUUUAACAUUUUAAACAGAAAUAAACAACUGUUUUUACAUGAAUUCAUUGCAUGUCCCUGAAUAAGAAAAGUAUCUGGUUACUACAAAUAAAAAGUAUUUCAGUUAGUUUUCUUUAAAAUUGAUUUAUCAAUUUUAAAGUUUAAAACUGAUUUAAAAUUGAUCAAAUUUGUCUUUAGAGUGAUCUUUUAUUUGUUUCCAAAACGUUUUACAAAAAAAAAAAAAAAAAAAAAAAAAACUGUGAAAAAUGCUCAAAAUCCAAAAGAAUCAGAUUUAAAUUCUUGAAAAAGACAUUGUAGACAACAUUAAUGCAGAGCUCAUUUAUUGAGAACCAUCCUCUGCCAUCACCAACAUUUGGCCAUAUCCACGAUUCAAUAUCUCAUAUAUACAGAAAAAAA